UUUGUAGUUAGGAGGGAAGUAGGGAAAUUCUUUAUUCAUUUUUGUACACCCAGUGCCCGGUACAGUAUUUUACAAAAAUAUGUUGAAUAUUGUUCAGCGGCAGAACAAUAAUUUGAAUCAUUUUAAAACACUUUAGAGUAACUCCUGAUAGCGUAAAAAACAAUGGCCCCCCAAAUCCGAAGGCCCGUGUUCAAAUCUUCCCCUCAGUGUCCUGUGCUGUGUAACAAGUGCGUUAACCAAGAUGGCCUUUGAGGUUCCUGAAAGGUUUAGAUCUACGAUCGAUCAGUAAAUAUAGGCAAAUAUUUCAUAAUUAAAAUCUUCUACUUCGGCAAAGAAAGUAGGCCGGUGCAUCGGUUUAAUCCAGAGGCCUCUGGUGGAGAGUCCUGGCACUCAAGUAUUGGCGCGAAAAGGCUCUCUGGAUGGGCGGAGCUUCGGAGGACAACUUCUCAUUGGCUAGGUUUGGCGCGAAAACGCCAGAGUCCGGGCCCGCGAUUGGCUCGGGCAAUCUCGUCGGGAAAGACCGCGGGGCAGACACCGUUCUCUCCGGGCCCCCGAAAAAAGCGUGUGGCUGCUUUGAGAAAGCUUGAGAACCGGCGUCCCAGACUUCCCUGGGCUGGACGCUAGUGGCCAUGGACCUAGUGGCGGCGGGGGAGACGGGGGCGGGGACCCAGCAUGUGGAAGUCCGCGAUGAGGUGGCGGAGAAGUGCCAGAAGCUAUUCCUGGAUUUCCUAGAAGAAUUCCAGAGUGGUGAUGGAGAAGUAAAAUAUUUGCAGCUGGCAGAAGAGCUGAUUCGUCCUGAGAGAAACACAUUGGUGGUGAGUUUUUUGGACCUGGAGGAAUUUAAUCAGCAACUUUCCACUACUAUUCAAGAGGAGUUCUACAGAGUUUAUCCCUACUUGUGUCGAGCAUUGAAAAACUUCGUCAAAGAUCGUAAAGAAAUUCCUCUUGCCAAAGAUUUUUAUGUUGCGUUCCAAGACCUCCCUACCAGACACAAAAUUCGGGAGCUGACUUCAUCCAGAAUUGGUUCACUCACACGUAUCAGUGGGCAAGUAGUCCGAACCCAUCCCGUGCACCCAGAGCUUGUAAGCGGCACAUUCCUUUGCCUAGACUGCCAGACAGUGAUCAAGGACGUGGAACAACAGUUUAAAUACACACAACCCAACAUCUGCCGAAAUCCUGUGUGUGCCAACAGAAGAAGGUUCCUGCUGGAUACAAACAAAUCAAGAUUUGUUGACUUUCAAAAGGUUCGUAUUCAAGAGACACAGGCUGAGCUCCCACGGGGGAGCAUUCCUCGGAGCUUGGAGAUCAUCUUGAGAGCCGAAGCCGUGGAAUCCGCGCAAGCUGGUGACAAGUGUGACUUCACGGGCACUCUGAUUGUUGUCCCAGAUGUGGCUAAGCUGAGCACACCAGGUGUGCGUGCCGAGACAGAUUCUCGUGUCAGUGGUGUGGAUGGUUAUGAGACAGAAGGUGUCAGGGGCCUCCGGGCUCUAGGUGUGAGAGAUCUCUCCUAUAAGUUGGUCUUUCUGGCCUGCUAUGUUGCACCAACCAAUCCAAGGUUUGGUGGGAAAGAGCUCCGAGAUGAGGAACAAACAGCUGAGAGCAUUAAGAACCAAAUGUCUGUAAAGGAGUGGGAGAAAGUGUUUGAAAUGAGUCAAGAUAAAAACCUUUACCAUAAUCUUUGUACUAGCCUUUUCCCUACUAUACACGGUAACAAUGAGGUAAAGCGAGGUGUUCUUUUGAUGCUCUUUGGAGGCGUUCCUAAGACAACAGGAGAAGGCACCUCCCUAAGAGGAGACAUAAAUGUUUGCAUUGUUGGUGACCCCAGCACAGCCAAGAGCCAGUUCCUCAAGCACGUGGAAGAGUUCAGUCCCCGAGCUGUGUAUACCAGCGGUAAAGCCUCCAGUGCUGCUGGCUUAACUGCAGCUGUGGUCAGAGAUGAAGAAUCCCAUGAGUUUGUCAUUGAGGCCGGAGCUCUGAUGUUGGCGGAUAAUGGUGUAUGUUGUAUUGAUGAGUUUGAUAAAAUGGAUAUGAGGGAUCAGGUUGCCAUUCAUGAAGCAAUGGAACAGCAAACAAUCUCCAUUACCAAAGCUGGAGUUAAGGCGACUUUGAAUGCCAGAACGUCCAUUCUGGCUGCAGCAAACCCAGUGAGUGGACGCUAUGACAGGUCAAAAUCAUUGAAGCAAAACAUAAAUCUCUCAGCUCCCAUCAUGUCGCGAUUUGAUCUCUUCUUUAUUCUUGUGGAUGAGUGUAAUGAGGUCACAGAUUAUGCCAUUGCCAGGCGGAUAGUGGAUCUGCAUUCAAGAAUAGAGGAAUCCAUUGAUCGCGUCUAUUCCCUUGAUGACAUUAGAAGGUAUCUGCUCUUUGCAAGGCAAUUUAAGCCUAAGAUCUCCAAAGAGUCAGAAGACUUCAUCGUGGAGCAGUACAAGCGCCUGCGCCAGAGGGACGGCUCCGGGGUGACCAAGUCCUCCUGGAGGAUCACCGUGCGGCAGCUGGAGAGCAUGAUCCGGCUCUCGGAGGCCAUGGCCCGCAUGCAUUGCUGUGAUGAGGUACAACCUAAACAUGUGAAGGAAGCAUUCAGGUUAUUGAAUAAAUCUAUCAUUAGAGUAGAGACACCAGAUAUCAAUUUGGAUCAAGAGGAAGAGCCCCUAAUGGAAGUAGAAGAAGGUCCAGAUGGCAUCAAUGGUCAAGCUGACGUCCCAGUUACUGUCAAUGGAAUCAAUGGUCACAGUGAAGAUGGGAACCAGGAUGCAGCUCCCAAAGCCUCCUUGAGACUUGGCUUCUCUGAAUACUGCCGCAUCUCUAAUCUCAUUGUGUUACACCUUAGGAAGAUGGAAGAAGAAGAGGAUGAGUCAGCACUAAAGAAGAGCGAACUUGUUAAUUGGUACUUGAAAGAAAUAGAAUCGGAAAUAGACUCUGAAGAGGAACUUAUAAAUAAAAAGAGAAUCAUAGAGAAAGUCAUUCAUCGGCUCAUACAUUAUGAUCACGUUCUAAUUGAACUCACUCAAGCUGGAUUGAAAGGUUCUUCAGAAGGAAGCGAGAGUUUUGAAGCAGACCCCUACCUGGUCGUUAACCCCAACUACUUGCUUGAAGAUUAAAGGGGAUUUUAAGUGACUUUAUUUUUAAUGUUUAAUGAUGGAAAACUGGGUGGAAAGUAUAAAUUAAACACAAGUCUAGUGUUUGAAUGAUGGUAUAUUCACAAAUGCAGUAGGGAAGAGGGUCAUUUUAAAGGCAAGAAAAGGAAUAUAUGUUUCUGUCUCACUUUCCUUGAAUUCACUUAUGCUUACACCAGUUCUUGUCCAGUUCAGGCCAGAUCCCAGCAACUAUGUAGUCUCUGUAAUCAGAGGAAGAACUUAAAACUAUGUGUAUUUUAAUUCUUAAUUCACAAGAUAAAACAUUGCAUCAGUUUAAUGAAUUCUGUUCCUUUGUUUGAAAAAAGCAGCCUUUCUUGUUUGACACUGCUUUUAAUUUUCAAAUGAAAAAUAAAAUAAUUUGUUCAAAA